GAUGAAAGGAAGGACAAUUCAGGUAGAAGAAAACAUUGUUGAAUGACAAUCAUCCAUGGAUAUAAGGCGUCAACUGGAUCGUGAUUCAGAAGUUAUACAAAUCACCAUUGUAGAUCCAGGGGAACAUUGUUGUGAGUCUGUAAAAGAAGGGUCGGAUAAUCUUGAGAGUUCUAUUCCAGAAGCAUCUACUCAUGGAGAUGUUAGUGGGGAUGAUAAAACAAAUCAUCUUUCUUUUAGUAGUUCAAGUGAAGAUGAAUCGUUUGAAGGGAAUUAUUUGGAGACUAAUAUAGAUGCCCUUAAAAGGAGUAGAAGUAAGCCUGCGAAACAAGAUUCUAAAAAUCAUGAAAUCCAUCAAUGUUCAGGAGGAACUGAUGAAGCAAUCAAAACUUUAGACAACACAAAGGAAAGAACCGGUGAGGAUACAUGCAACAUAGACCUAUCCAUAAUGCCUGCAGAAUCAUCAGAGGCUGAAAAGAUCCCUAAAAACCAUUGCAAAUCAUUUGAAGAUAUGUGGAAAUCUUAUAGUCAUGAGGUGUUCAUCUACUGA